AUGCCCGAAUACCGCCACGCCCGAAGCGGCAGCCUGAAUAUCCCAAACGGCGUCGCCUCCAACACCCCGUCGUCCAUGAUGCCGCGAAGUCCUCCGAACACCUCACACGUCCCGUGCAAGUUCUUUCGUCAAGGAGCCUGCCAAGCUGGCAAUGCCUGCCCCUUCAGCCACGACCUCGGAGCCGCAGCCGAAAACAUCUGCAAGUACUUUGCCAAGGGCAACUGCAAGUUCGGUCCUAAGUGCGCAAACAUUCACGUAUUACCCGACGGGCGACGAAUAAACUAUGGCAAAAAUGGUGUCACUAUAGGCACAACUCCCAUCGGCCUUCCUGGUCGACCUUCACCCAAUCCUGCAUCUCCGAGAUCUGGUUCCUCAACCGGCUAUCACCAGCCGUCUGCAAGUGCCCUCACGACCUCGCUAUACAGCGCCGAGCAGUCUCCGUGGGAUGAUCGCCAAGUUGUCAACUCUUCUUUUCAUCCUGGACACCAACCAAGUCUCGACAGUGGCAUCCCCUCCAUCGAGUCUCCAUACGGCCACUCAAACUACGGCUCGCCCCGCGAGGACGAUCUGACUCGCCUUGGCUUUGGCUUGUCUCCUGCAAAUGGCAAAGGGCUCUCUAUUCUCGAUGCUCCUCUGCCCGCUUCGUUCGACUCCAAUGGCAUCUCCAAUGCCGCUCGCUUCCCCGCCGCGCCCUGGCCGUCCUCCAUGCCCUCAAAAUUCGGCCUCGAUUCCCCUACACCGUCUCUUAGCAAUGCCAAAGACUCGCGGACCUCCGAGACGCUCAAGCUACUGCAUACAUCGGCCUUUGGCUCCUCAGAGCACUUGACCCCAACUGCCGGAAGUCCGCCCAACUCUCAGUCCGCCAUUGGUGAUGAGUAUUUCGGCAAGCGGGCUAUGCACUCGUCUAGAUAUGCAAAGCCACGCAUGCUCAGCUCCAGCGUGCCCAAGACGUCAUCUGUGGACCGUGACUGGGAGGCCGAGUUUGCCUUUGAUGACGACAACCUACCCGAAAACUACGUUCCCGAGAACCUCCAAGAGCUCUUGACGCCUGCUGAAAAAGCCAGGCGGGGCUCUAGUUCCAUGCGUGAUGAACACGCCAUAGACGCUCUCAAGUAUGGUAGCCCGAUGGGGACCAGCCCAAGCCGCUGGGGAUCGCUCUUCCAACGCCAAAAAGAAGAAGACGCAGCCAGGGCAGCACGCAGUGCCGGCUCAGCCUUUGGUCAUGUGGGCAGUCCCUUGAGAAGGUCUACCCUGGCACAGGAAAUGGGCGACGACUACAAGAGCGCCUCCGGCCGUCUGUCUGCGGGCCGCUCUACGAGCGAGUCAAUGUCGGUUCUAUCGCAGCAACUGCAGCGCAGCCGCUUGGAUGAUGCCAUCAGCGGCUCGGGAUCCAGCCCUCACCUGCAUCCCACCACCGCACGGCUGCCAUCCAGUAGCCUCGCGCCGAUUGGCAAAGACCGAGCCAUGGAGCGUCAUGUAUCUAGCGGGAGCGUCAGCUCAUCCGUCACUGGUCGUUUUACCACCCCAAUUGACGAGGAGGACCCAGCAUUCGUCUUCAGCAUGGAAGAGGAAGAUGACGCACCUACAGCGAGGAUGCGCAAGCGCAUCUCUGCCGGCCUGAAUAUGGGUGCGUUGGGCAGCUACGCCAGCGCGGUUGCUGGCAAGCACCAAUCCAGCAGCGGUUCCAAGGAGAGCAGAGAUGCCGUGCCAGUCAACGGACGAUGA